AUCCAGGUAUAUAAAAACGAGACUCAGGGUAUCACCAGCUCUGGCUUUGCAUCUUUGACUUUUGAGGGAACUUUGGGAGCUCCUGUCAUACCUCGUACUUCAAGCAAGUACUUUAACUUCACCACUGAGGAUCACAAAAGGGUAGAAGCCUUACGUAUCUGGGCAUCUAAUCACAUUCCAUCUUCUUCAACAUUACUAAAAUUGUGUGAUGUUCAGCCAAUGCAAUAUUUUGACCUGACCUGUCAGCUUUUGGGGAGAGCAGAAGUGGAUGGGACAUCAUUUCUUCUAAAGAUUGGAUGCUUUCUUAGGCUUUACAGCCUCCAUACCAAACUUCAAUCAGUGAAUUCCGAGACUCAGUCAACAUUUUUAUGCCUAGAGUUUCAUCUCCAUGGAGGUACCAGUUACGGUCGGGGAAUCAGGGUCUUGCCAGAAAGUAACUCUGAUGUGGAUCAGCUGAAAAAGGUAAUUCAUAUAGUACUUACAGAUCAUCAGUAUUUGGAGAAAACCCCACUGUGUGCCAUUUUGAAACAAAAAGCUCCUCAACAAUAUCGCAUCCGAGCAAAACUGAGGUCAUAUAAGCCCAGGAGACUGUUUCAGUCAGUUAAACUUUAUUGCCCUGAAUGUCAUACACUGCAAGAAGUUCCACAUGAUGGCGAUUUGGAUAUAAUUUUGCAAGAGGGCGCAACUAAAACCCCAGAUACCAAACUACAAAAUACGUCAUUAUAUGAUUCCAAUGUCUGGACCACUAACGAUCAAGGAGAACGAAAAGUAGCCAUUCAUUUUGUGAAAAAUAAUGGUAUUCUCCCACUUUCAAAUGAGUGUCUAAUUUUGAUAGAAGGAGGUGCACUCAGUGAAAUCUGCAAACUCUCAAACAAGUUUCAUAGUGUAAUUCCUGUGAGAUCUGGCAAUGAAGACCUGGAACUCCUUGACCUCUCAGCACCAUUCCUUAUACAAGGGAAUAUACACCACUAUGGAUGUAAACAGUGUUCCAGGUUGAAAUCAAUACAAAAUCUAAAUUCCCUGGUUGAUAAAACAUCAUGGAUUCCUUCUUCUGUGGCAGAAAUACUGGGUGUUGUACCCCUCCAAUAUGUGUUUGUUAUGACAUUUACUUUUGAUGAUGGAACAGGAGUUCUGGAAGCUUAUCUUAUGGAUUCUGACAAAUUCUUCCAGAUUCCAGCAUCAGAAAUCCUAAUCAAUGAUGACCUUCAGAAAAGUAUGGAUAUGAUCAUGGAUAUGUUUUGUCCUCCAGGAACAAAAAUUGAUGCGUAUCCAUGGCUGGAAUGCUUCAUCAAGUCAUAUAAUGUCAUCAGUGGAACAGAACAGAAAAUUUGCUAUCAGAUUUUUGACACAAUGGUUGCAGAAGAUCUUAUCUAAUAUUGCCACCUAGCUUAGCAUAUGUAGAAUAUUGUAAUUUUAGAAAGUAUUACUAUUUAUAUGAGAUUGUUAUAAAACACAUGAGAUUUAGCUCUUAGAUUUAGUUUUGAAAUACAGUCUAUGUCUCCAUUUUAACGACUAUUUAAAUUUUUUUUGACAUAUAGACAUUGUGUUGUUAUCUUAAUGCCUUCCUGUUAGUAUGUUAGAAACGCCCCUCCUGCUCAGAAUAUCCAGCAUGAUGGUUCCCAGGGGUGUAAACAAAAAACAGAUACGAGUUUAUAAGUAUAUAGGAGAACUGUGCUUUCAUUUACUUUCUGCAGUCCUUUUGGAGAAGCUGUUUUGUUCACUAAAAAUCAUUUUUCCGGUUGAGUUUUCUGUCUCUCAGCUACUAAUUCCCCCUCUGUCCUUCAUCCCACACUGGCCUUCAUUUCCUGCCUGGAUUCUCACGUCAGCAGUGUUGAUGGUUUUAGCAUGGGCAUGGGAUUAGAAAAUGCCCUUACUUUAAAUCUCUUAGCUUUUACUAAGUGCAAGGUAAAUAGCUGCUAGUGGGUUUGUUUUGCUUUGUUUUGUUUUGCUUUUGUCCAGAGCAGCCUGUUAAACAAGUACUGCUUAUAGAAGUGUUUCUUUAAAUGAACUACAGUAAACUUAAAUGAGUGAUUUGCUUUAAGUGGAAGUGGCAGAAUUGUUUGUUUAGGUACUGACAGUGACAUUUUAGGAUAAUUAUGUGCUUUGAUUGCGUGUUUCUCUCCAUGCUGUUAGCAGUUAGUCCAUUCCACCUCCAUCUAAUAAAGUGGUCAGAUUUAGAAUGUUAGUUACUUAAAUCAUGUUACCCUUCUUGUUUGUUUGUUUGUUAUAUAAAAUACCUAUAUCACAGGCUAAACGUCAGAUGAGCUGUUAACUCAGUAUAAUAAUCUAAUUUUUACCAGACAAGGUUUUUCAAAUUUAAAAUCAUGACUAUGCAGUUUUAUACAAACAUUACUGUAUAUUUGUAUAUAAUAUGUAUAUUAUAUAUGUUACUAAAGACUGAAAUGCAGAUCUGCCUAGUUCAGUAUUAGUGAAGAAUAAAUAAAUACACACAUUUUAACUGUUUCAUUUAUUUGUCCCAGGUUGAGCUGAGGCACGAUAUGAGGGAAAGAAUCAUAGCAGGUAUGUCUAUAUAGAAAAUAUUUCUGGCUGUUAUAUACCAGGUACUGUGCUAAGUACUUCACAUGUAUCUGACCUUACAACAACCAAUUUUCCUGAUAAUUGAUAAUGGAGGCUUGAUUGAUAAGCUAGCUUUACUAAGUGCUAGAGUCAGUGCUUGACAUCAGAUACCUCUGUUCAGAGCCUGCGCUGUUAACCACUUCAGGAUUCUGGAGCAAAAGCUAUCAUGGAGUUGACUGCAAAUGAGUGCUGCCUUAAAUAGUUGAAGUAAUACUGGAAAUACAACAGGAGGCAGUGAUAAUGUUUUCCUACACUAUCAGAAGGCUUUUAAUAAUCUGUCAAGAAAAGGGGUUGAAUAUCUGAUUUCCUCUCUCAUAGUAACCCUAAAUUCUACUUCCUGUAUGCUGGAGCACAUCUCUAGACCUAACUGCCCGUCUCCCAUCGUAGCUGAGCUGUAUCAGUUUGUUUGAGACAGUGAGAGAGACUGAGGCUGCUGUUUUGGGCAUGUAAACUCUUGGUUUGAAACGUUUUUCAGGGAAAAACUUUAAAAACCCUUCAGCUGAACAUAUGAGUUUCAGUAUCUACGAUGUGCUAGCGAUACAGAGGUGAGAUAGAUAAUUUCUCUGCCUUCAGGAGGUACUCAGUCUAGAAGAGUAAGAGUCAAAAGUGUAUCAGCUUCUCAUUGUGAGCCUGAGGCAACUCCAAGCUUACAAAGGAAAACUCUUACAAGUGUUCGAGAAGAUAAGUCAUUUCUCUUUUUCUUUUCUUUUUUUUUUUCCCAAACAAACUCCCCACAUUGUCAUCAUUUGUUUUGUUUUGGUUUCUCUUACCCCCACCCCCUCCACUUUUCAGUUUUGAACAAUAAAAAUCCCCUUCAGCACCAGUGUGUAUCCCAUGGAAAUGUAUGUGCCUACCUUAUCCUAAUCGUGAACCUGGAGCGAUAGGCAAGUUCAGCAACUAGACUGCAAUUUAUUGUGCUUAGAUUCGAGCCCUGUUUCCUGUGUUUGGCAGACUUAUAACUUAGGUAGCUCAGCUGUAUUGUUGUAGAAACUCCACUUAUUUCCAAAGCCUGGUUCUCAGACUGAAUUGAUUCAUCAUUAAAAUCAAAAUGCUCAGCGUUAGCUGCUACCCCGUGGUUUCUUGCCAAGUUUUUUGCUUGUUUUUCCGCUUAGUUACAGUCUCCAGACAAAUAUAGAAAACUGUGUUGAGUGCAGUGAGAUGAGAAUAAUAGUAUUUUGGACAUGUAUUUCCUAUUCAGUGGAGAAGUGAUUGCCUAGCUUUCUGAUUUACAGACUCCAAGUCUCAGUGGCAGGAGAUGCAGGCAGUGUGAUAGAGGGAGGAGGGAAGUAUGCCCCAACACCUUCAGAGCCAGAGAGUUUAUUCUAUUUCACAGCAAAACAUGGGUCAACUAAUUAUGAUUUUCCAUUGAACUCUUAAGUCCUAUUUUUAGUGCAGUCCUCUCAGUUUCUAGCAGUAGGUUAACCAUAAAUCUUAUUUUCUCUAGAGCUUUUUAAUUUUUUUCCCUUGUGUUUUCAUAGAUAUGUUAACAGGAAGUUGAGAGAGAAUAUGUCGUGGGAUUGUUGGAAAGCCUCAUUCCACCUUAAAACAGAAUUAUCUAGUAUGUUGUUGUUGUUAGGUGCCGUCGAGUUGAUUCCGACUCACAGUGACGCUAUGUACAGCAAAGCAAAACACUGCCCGGUCCUGUG